CUCUAUAGCAAUGCCACGUCUUCAUGGUAGCCUGGUAUUCUGCAUGUGAUCGAAUUUACUGGUUGGCAGGCCUAUUUAUAGUUAUACUAUAAGUUAUAGUUGUACUUGAAUAUCUGGAAUAUUUUUAUGUGGUUUAGAAACAUGUAUAAGUGUUAUGACAUCUGCUUUUUUGUAAUAUAUUUAACAGUAACUGUUGAGUCUUUAAUGCUUCAAUUACCCCCGAAUAGUAAACGUUGUUUAAAGGAGGAAAUUGAGAAGAAAGUUCUUGUGAUAGGAGAGUAUGAACUAGGUGACGCUCCGGGGCAGAAAACCGAUAUUGCCGUCACAGAUUCUAAAGGACAGGUGUUGGUAUCCAGAGAAAACAUUGACAAAGGAAAAUUUGCUUUCAACACAGAUGAGUUCGAUGUAUUUGAAAUAUGUUUUUUGACUAAAAUGCCUGUAGGUCAAGGUGGAAUGACGAGGGAAGCCACACUUACUUUAAAGCAUGGUGUCGAGGCAAAGAGCUACGAAGGGCUUGAAGAGGUUGGAAAGUUGAAACCCCUGGAAAUCGAACUGCAGAAACUUGAGGAUAUGUCAGAAGCUAUUGUCAAAGACUUUGCAUACAUGAGGCAGCGAGAAGAAGAAAUGAGAGGCACAAAUGAGUCCACCAACACACGGGUUCUAUAUUUCAGCAUCUUUUCCAUGUGCUGUCUUCUUGCUCUUGCAACUUGGCAGGUUUUGUACCUCAGACGUUUCUUUAAAGCUAAAAAACUCAUUGAAUAAAGCUAGUGGCAAAUAAAACUGUCCAAUUUAGGUAAAAGGAUUCUUCAAACAGUAAGUUUGGAGGUAUUGGCACAGCACAUUUGUCAUAUGCUCUUUUUUUUUUUCUUAUACAUGUAUUAUGUUUACUUCCUUUGUCAGUUUUGUAUAUGUAAUGUUUGGUAAUAAAUUAUUACAAAAAAUGGU